GGGAUGCUCACUCUUCCAUGGUACUUGAUCCCAGCUCUGAUGUUCUCGUGCUGCUCUCUGGGGGGAUUCUGUCGUCCACAGAAGGUGGUUAACACAGAAAUCGAUAGAUAGAGGAUAUAGGGAUCGUAACUCUGACGGAAGCUCCACAACACACCUAUUCUCUCUUCAGCUGAGAAAAAUCUGAGGCCGUUGCUUUCUCUUAUCUAUUAAGAAAACCUAAGUCAGGAUUACACGUCCAGUGAUGAAUCCUUACUCCAUGAAGGAGCAUAUUUUUUUAUUAUUGGAUAUUAAAAAAAAAUAACCGCAUUGCUGUUGUUCUUUUGGAUUCAAAUUUAAUUGCGUUAAAUGAAUAAUAAAACUUGAAGUAACUAUCUUUUUUUCUGGAUUUUAUGGAAUUUAUAAUUAUAACAUGGACAAUUUAUAUAAAAGUAGUACCGCUUCAGACGAUAUGCUUUGGAAAUCUCAGUAGAAUACAUUUGCACCAAUGGUUGAAAGAGUUUCAAAUAUUCCAAACGUAACUUUCAACACAUCUGAUGUUGGAAAUGCCACCAACACUUUGGAACAAAAUGAAAACUUCUACGACUUCGUUCAUAUUCUCUACAAGUACUUCAUUCCUAUCCUGUGCAUCUUUGGCAUCAUUGGAAAUGCGUUAUCUUUCCGUGUGUUUGUCUUCACUAGUUUUGCAAAGCAGCCUUCCAGUGUGUAUCUGGCGGCGUUGAGCGUGUCAGACACAUGGUUUCUUUCUGCAUUAUUGGUCAGCUGGUUCGGUAGCAUCGACAGAUCUCGAUUUGCUUCCCAGUCAGGCAUGCUCUGUAUGAUCUCCAUUUACGUCACUUAUGUGACCAGCUUUUUGUCCAUUUGGUACGUGGUUUUGAUAAUGCUGGAUAGAUACAUAGUCGUCUGUCAUCCUCUAAAAGGCCCUCGAAUGUGUUCCAGACAGCGCGUUUUGAUUGCACUGACUAUAAUAACAACGUUUGCAAUGCUAUUUUAUUCUCAUUGUUUUUUCACUAUGAAAACAGACCAGCUUGACGAUAAUGAACGACAAUUAUGCAGAAUUCGAGAAAGUUAUUACCAUGUUCUUCGUGUUAUAACAUACUUUGACAGCAUUAUUACCUUCAUAGUACCCAUUGCUGCAGUUUUUAUAUUUAAUAUUGCCGUCAUUCGAGCUAUUCGGAGAUUUUACUUCCGACAAUUCCAGAUGAGCCACGGGAAAAUGUACACCUCCACUUCCCCGAUGUUUAAUAUUUUAUCCAAGGCACAAGUUCGAUUGACUGUUAUGUUAAUCAUUGUGUCGACGGUGUUCCUUGUGCUCAAUCUCCCUAGCCAUGGAUUUCGGUUUUUUAUACUAGUGAAUGAUUUCUUGAAAAGACGACAAGAGAAUUUUGAUCUCUUUCUAAUUCAGCAUUGUCUACAAAUCAUGUAUUACACCAAUUUUGCUAUCAAUUUUGUUCUGUAUUGUGCGUGUAGCAAAAGUUUUCGAAGAUGUUUCAAGGAAUCAUCAAAAUGUCAAAAAUUUUGACGACGCUGGUUCUUUUCUGUUAUGUUUGUUACGGUUGUUAUACAAAUGAUAUUGUGUCAUUUUUAUAAAUAAUGUGAAUUUUCUUUGAUCUCAUAUAGCAUGAAAACCCUUAUUAUUUACAUGUAGUACAAAAUAUAUUUGUAUUACAAUAAUAGAUUGUACUAAAAUAUUGCUUCAAAUUGAAACUUAACACUUUAAACCCUAGCUAAAAACCUCGAGACAGAAUUUUUCAAUUGUGAAACAAAAACGAAAUCGAAAAUGAAAAUCUUUGAAGUACAUGAUAAAUAAUGUAAAAUCACAUAUAUUCUAUGGAUCGUACUUUUUAUCCAAGUUUUAUCCAAAUUUUUGGUUUGUAUGGG